GUUUGCGAAGCUGCCGACAUUUCCAGUUUUCUAUUACGUCGAAUCCACAACACAUCCUUCACUGAAAAUUCACAAUCUAACAAAUUUCCACGUUAUUAAGAACUUGAGCAGAAAUAUUCGAUUUUUUGAACGAUCUUAUCGAUCCGUUGGUUCGAUUCAACCCUUUUCUGACGGUUGUCAGUUUUGUUCUCUAAAGUGUUAAACAUAUUAAAAUCAAAUUAAAAUUCAAAACCAGUCUUCAUAAAUCUUCUCACUCUUCUUCACAGUCUUUCUAGAGCUCUACCUCCAUUAUGCCGCUUCCUGUUGUUAAUCCUGCCAAUGAAGAGUUUGAUGAAGGAAUUGAUGAAAUUAUUGAAGAUCUGGAACCUGCGAGAUCUAAGUCUGAGGGAGAUGCCGAGGUUGUCUCUGGUUCCCCUGGAAUCCUGAAGGACCCUAAUGGUCUCCGUAUUUCUGCAGCCAGGGUUGUGAGAAAG